AUGGCAGACCGCCCACCGUCCCAAAACAACCUGGAGGGUAAAGUGGCCAUAAUCACCGGCGGCGCCAGCGGCAUUGGCGAGGCAACGGCGCGUCACUUCGCCAACCAUGGUGUGCGCGCUAUUGUGAUCGCUGACAUCCAAGCUGAAAAGGGUCAACUGGUCGCAGAAUCGAUUGGUUUGCAUCGUUGCCGGUACAUCCUUUGUGACGUGACAGACGAGCAGCAGGUCAAGGCCCUCGUUGAAUCAACCGUCCAGGCUUACGGACAACUCGACGUCAUGUUCUGCAACGCUGGAAUCAUGAGUGUAGGUAUGCAGGAUGUACUCGAUUUCGACUUAUCGGCCUACGAUACGUUGUUCGCGAUCAACGUACGUGGCGUGGCAGCGAGUGUGAAGCACGCAGCGCGUGCGAUGGUGGAGGGUAAGGUGAAGGGAAGCAUAAUAUGUACAGCGAGCGUCUCCGCCAGCACUGGGAGCGACAAGUUCAUAGACUACGUGAUGUCGAAGAUGGCAGUGCUGGGGCUAGUGAAGUCGGCGAGUAGACAGCUGGGCGCGUAUGGAAUACGGGUGAAUAGCGUUUCGCCGGGGGCGGUGGCGACGCCGCUGCUGUGCGACAAGUUUCAGAUGAGCGCGACGGAGGUGGAGAAUAAUUUCGAACAGUAUAUGUCCUUGAAGGGUGCUGGGCCAAUGAAAGAAAAAGACGUGGCUGAUGCCGUGUUGUUUCUUGCUUCUGACAAUUCAAAGUUCGUCACAGGCCAUAACUUGAUCGUCGACGGCGGCUACCCAUAUUGAUCGCCGAUCAUAAGUCUCCUUUUAAUCUAAAAAUUAAUAAAUAAAUAAAAUAAUUGAAAUUUUAUAA